GGGUUGACGUGCUUGUUUACCAAGCUUGACGAUCUGAGUCCAAAAUAGGAUGUAAGCACAGUUUGUUUCAUGCCGACAGGGGCCCCUGUUCAUCUCAAGCAAUGUUUAACUAAAGCAGUACCUUACGAAGAACUCGAACUAUUUCUUCAGUGUUAUGUUGACAGGUUGAUCAUAGGGCAUCGAAAAUGGAAAAAAACCGUCGAUCCGACCAAAGAGAAUCCCAUCAAUUCUCAAUGAAAAUAGAUCAUGGAUUUACACCUACGAUGAAGGAAUAUUUAGACGAGUCCGAUGACGUGGAAGAAGCACCCAAUCUCAGUUGCCGACUCAGUGUAUAUGAACGCCCCAGGAAACAAUCGGCUUCUACAGAGGCAGCCCAGUUGGACGUUAGUCUCCUGUCACCUAAUACUAUAGCGCUGGACUUCCAGAGAGUGAAAAUUACAGGCCACGAUAUUUCGGGAGUGCCAUUCGAGGAGUUUUUCUCGGCCUCUACUGCGCUCAUCAACGCGCUUAAAAUUCGGAUGAAAUAUUGUAAAGCUGUUUAUCACUCGUUUCCCAAGGUGACAGAAAGCAUUAUCACAGGCACGGUGAGUCUUGGCUCGUAUGAAACGCCUGCGCUCAAGUUCGAACGGGAAUACGUUCACACAAUACAGCAGAAACCAACUGACCCGUUUUCAUUUCCAAUGACUAUGGGGUCUGUGAACUGCACGAUACGCAUGCGAAACGGUAUCGUUGGGGUCCUCACAUCUCCUACUGAAUCGGCGAGCAAAUUCGAGUACACAAGCCUCUCGGAGUAUGUGCAAGACCUAAACACUAUGUGCUCCAUGAUCUCGGAUGGGCCGUUGAAGUCGUUCUGCUACCGGCGACUGCAGUAUUUGACCAACAAGUUUGCUAUCCAUCUUCCGCUAAAUGAACGAAAAGAGCUCCAGGCGCAGAAGUGUGUAUCCCAUCGGGACUUCUACAACACGCACAAGGUCGACACUCACAUUCAUGCUGCGUCAUGUAUGAAUCAGAAGCGUUUGCUCCGAUUCAUCAAAAAUAAACUCAGGACCGAUGGCAACAAGAUCGUAUUCAAGGAUCCAGAUAAGGGAGAACUAACAUUGCAACAAGUGUUCGACAGGUUGAACUUAACUGCUUAUGAUCUCAGUGUUGAUACUUUGGACAUGCACGCUGAUAAAAAUACGUUUCAUCGUUUUGAUAAGUUCAACGAUAGAUACAAUCCCAUUGGAGAGUCGCGUCUUCGAGAAAUAUUCCUCAAGACGGAUAACUAUAUGGGCGGAAAGUACUUCGCCGAAAUUAUCAAAGAGGUGAUGGUUGAGCUCGAGGAUAGCAAAUAUCAGAACGCAGAACUACGACUAUCUGUGUACGGGCGCUCGAACAAGGAAUGGGACAAUUUGGCCAGAUGGGCCAUUCAGCACCAAGUGUACUCCGAUCAUGUGCGAUGGCUUAUACAAAUACCUCGUCUCUACGAUAUAUUUAAGGCAAAUAAAAACAUCGAUAAUUUCGAGCAGCUUCUCGGAAACUUCUUUUUGCCAUUGUUUGAAGUAACGAACGAUCCUAACACUCACCCAGAUUUGUACCAGUUCCUUCAUUACGUGACCGGUUUUGAUUCUGUCGACGACGAAUCGAAGCAUGAGGAUCCCAUGAUCGAUAAAGAUGUACCGGUGCCGUCGUUGUGGACCGGCGAUGACAAUCCGCCCUAUGUUUACUACAUGUACUAUUUGUACGCGAAUCUGACCGUUCUGAACCAGUUUCGAAAAUCUCGCGGGCUAAACAUUUUCACAUUGCGCCCUCACUGUGGCGAAGCUGGGCCUAUACAACACCUCGUUGCAGGCUUCCUGCUCACAGAAAGCAUUAACCAUGGCUUACUUCUUCGAAAGGUGCCUGUGCUACAGUAUCUAUUCUAUUUGGCGCAGAUAGGUAUCGCCAUGUCUCCGUUAUCGAACAAUUCACUCUUUUUAAAUUAUCAUCGAAAUCCCCUUAUCGAAUACUUGAGUCGUGGAUUAUGUGUUUCGCUAUCGACGGAUGAUCCACUUCAGUUCCACUUCACCCGGGAACCACUCAUGGAGGAAUACUCUAUUGCUGCACAAGUUUGGAAAUUAAACGGUGUGGACAUGUGCGAGCUGGCGCGAAACAGCGUGCUGAUGAGCGGUUUUCCGGUUUCGGUGAAGAAGAAUUGGCUUGGUUCUGGCUAUGAGAAGGAAGGUGUCGAAGGCAACGAUGUUCGAAAGACCAAUGUACCAGAUAUUCGAGUUGCCUACCGGUUCGAGACGCUCGUUGCUGAGUUAGAAAUGCUAGCGUCAAUACUCGAUAAGAGAUCAAAAUCAACUUCAUGACAAUCUCGUAUCUGGCCUGUGCAACAUCCGUUUCCUUUUGCGCGGGACUUUUUUGACAGUCCACGCCGUUACACAUACAUACCUCGUCGGUGUUACUUCAUAAGCCGCUAUGUGUUCCAUAUAAUCUUAUUGGUUGGUCUCCACUGGCGUCAUUUGGCCCGCGAUGGAUUGACGCUGAUGUUUACCGCGAAAAAAGGACCCUUUCUUAUGCAUGCUAUAGCAUAAGUAGCGAUGACGUUUCCUUCGAAAAGCAACUUCGUUCCUCUUGAGAUACAGCAAAUGAUUGCAGAAGCACAAGACGCACUAUGAACACACGUAAAAAAACACAUUAGAUAAACUGUAAAUAGCUGGAGUGAAGCGAUAAAUAUAUUCUACAUAUAUUGCUCAGUGAGUACGUGCGUGUAAUGCAGUAGUAGCUGAUAACACGGAGGUAUUAAAUAAGCUGUUAAUAAAUAUGCUUGGAUCAGACUGGAGACUUUGGCACAUUCUUCUUAUCGGUUGUCGCAGUCGAAUGUUUUCGCGGAUUGAGAUGAACAUGUGUUGAAGUUAUAAUAGAUGUCAACUCGUGUGUCAUGUACCAGAUCCUCUAUCUAGCCUUGAACUAACCUAAAUGGAGAGUAUUGAACAAAUUCAACGAAAAAAAAUGUGGCUUUAUGGUGCUGUCCUAACUUUGAUUGGGUUAAAUAUACUGUGAGAGUAAAUCUCACUAUUUUAAGGUAUAAUAAGAAGUUCCUAUGGUAAUCGGGUCAGAUCUUGUCCACUAAACUUUAAUUAUUCAAACUCCUUUUACCAUGAUUGGCUGGCUCUCGCCCCAUAACUUGAGUAUUCUGAAGUCUUUUUGG